UUCAAAGCUUUACACAGAGACCACAUUUAAAAAGGCAGAUGGCCUGUUUUAUUUGAAAAGAUUUUCACAUAGCGCUUCCAAGCAAGUAACUAACACGCGAUUUGCAAAAGCGCUGAAAUUUCGAUGGCACAGUUGUCAGAGAAUUCGCUUGACAGGUGGUAGCUGAACAAUGCGGUGCUUUUUUCCAAUUGUUACAGUACCGAUGGGAUUGCAGGAAUAAUCAGAAAGCAUUUCUGGAUAUUAUACGCAUGCCUAAUUAAAACAAAGCAAUUUUACAGCGAACCUAAAAGAAAAAAGAACAUGGUUUCUAACAGCGCAGAAAAGCCGAACUGAAGAGGUACUUAAUCUUCCGAGAGAGCGUCACUGGCUAUUAUGGAGAUUAGAUCUGCUUUUUCAUCAGGACUCGAACGAAGAUUUAAUCAUUCCUCGGUGUUCCAUCGUAAAGAAGUUGUUGAGGGUGAAUGCUGCCAGAUUUGAGGUUAAUCCGCAGACUGUAGACUCUGCAGAUUGUGUUCUUGUUAAAGUGUAUGCAAGGGUAGGACAUUGCAGUUCGGUGUUGUAACUCCGAUAUGUAUCGAAAGACCUAAACAAAAUACAUGCAUUUCUGGGACGUCUUGAAGAUACAAAAUGUUCAUUUGUUAGCACUGAUGGGGUAAAGAAUGGAGAAGCGGAGCUCACUGUGAGCUUAUCAUCUAUAGCGAGUGAGUUUUUUUCAGAGCAGAACGCGAAAGUAGAAAGAAUGAUGGGGGAAGGAUGCCCAAUUUUAAAGGAGUACUAUAACAAGGACUGACGAAAGUAUCCGCUUUAAUUUAAAGGAAAUGGAGAUUAAAGCUAAUUUCGACUCCAGCUUGUUCACAAUGGAGACGAGAAAGGGACUGUUAUUUUCGCUGGUUUACUUAAUGGCAGAGUUUUAUUUGAGUUCGCAGCAGGUCCUCAGAAUCGGGGGGAUUUUUGAAACCCUGGAGAAUGAGCCUAUAAGCGUAGAAGAAUUAGCCUUCAAAUUUGCUGUCACCAAUAUAAACCGAAAUAGGACCUUAAUGCCAAACACCACACUUACCUAUGACAUUCAGAGAAUAAACCUCUUUGAUAGUUUUGAAGCCUCCAGAAGAGCCUGUGACCAGCUCGCACUUGGCGUGGCUGCAGUUUUUGGCCCUUCUCACAGCUCCUCGGUCAGUGCUGUGCAGUCCAUUUGUAACGCGCUGGAAGUUCCCCACAUCCAGACCCGGUGGAAGCACCCCUCAGUGGACAACAAAGACUCGUUUUACAUCAACCUCUACCCAGACUACGCUUCCAUCAGCCGCGCCAUUUUGGACAUGGUGCAGUAUUACAAAUGGAAAACGGUCACGGUGGUCUACGAAGACAGUACUGGUUUGAUACGCCUGCAGGAGCUGAUCAAAGCACCGUCCAGGUACAACAUAAAAAUUAAAAUCCGGCAGCUUCCCACAGGAAAUAAGGAUGCCAGGCCAUUGCUGAAAGAAAUGAAAAAAGGAAAAGAGUUCUAUGUGAUAUUUGACUGCACCUAUGAAACAGCAGCAGACAUUCUUAAACAGAUUCUUUCCAUGGGGAUGAUGACAGAAUAUUAUCAUUUCUUUUUCACCACCCUGGACCUGUUUGCUUUGGACCUGGAGCCCUACCGCUACAGUGGAGUGAACAUGACUGGAUUUCGACUUCUCAACAUAGACAACCCAGGGGUGGCUUCUGUCAUUGAGAAGUGGUCAAUGGAGCGCCUUCAGGCACCGCCCAAACCUGAAUCUGGACUGCUGGACGGGAUGAUGACAACAGAGGCUGCCCUGAUGUAUGACGCUGUGUACAUGGUAGCAGUAAUUUCGCAGCGCGCCACUCAGAUGACGGUCAGCUCUUUGCAGUGCCACAGGCAUAAACCGUGGCGAUUCGGCCCAAGGUUCAUGAAUAUGUUUAAAGAAGCACAGUGGGAUGGUUUGACAGGACACAUCACCAUAAAUAAAACAGACGGUCUGCGGAAAGAUUUCGACUUGGAUAUAAUCAGUCUUAAGGAGGAAGGAACGGAAAAGCCUGCUGGUGAGAGUUCCAGCCGCCUAAAUAAAGUAUGGAAAAAGAUUGGAGUUUGGAACUCAAACAGUGGCCUUAAUAUGACGGACAGCUAUAAAGAGAAAUCAACUAAUAUUACAGAUUCCAUGGCAAACAGAACGCUCAUUGUGACUACAAUUCUGGAAGACCCAUACGUUAUGUAUAAGAAGUCUGAUAAACCUCUGUAUGGAAAUGACCGAUUUGAAGGUUACUGCCUGGACUUGCUGAAGGAACUGUCAAAUAUUCUUGGUUUUUCUUACGAAGUGAAACUGGUAUCAGAUGGCAAAUAUGGGGCACAAAAUGACAAGGGCGAAUGGAAUGGAAUGGUCAGAGAACUCAUAGACCAUAUUGCAGAUCUGGCAGUGGCUCCUCUCACCAUAACCUAUGUGAGGGAAAAGGUGAUUGAUUUCUCGAAACCCUUCAUGACACUGGGCAUCAGCAUCCUCUAUCGCAAGCCGAACGGGACCAACCCAGGGGUCUUCUCCUUCCUGAACCCUCUGUCCCCGGAUAUCUGGAUGUACGUCCUGCUGGCUUGCCUGGGUGUGAGCUGCGUGCUCUUUGUCAUCGCAAGGUUUACACCUUAUGAGUGGUAUAACCCCCACCCAUGCAACCCUGACUCUGACGUGGUGGAAAACAAUUUUACAUUACUAAAUAGUUUCUGGUUUGGAGUUGGAGCUCUCAUGCAGCAAGGAUCAGAACUGAUGCCCAAAGCUCUUUCCACCAGAAUAGUUGGAGGAAUCUGGUGGUUUUUUACUUUAAUAAUAAUAUCAUCCUAUACUGCUAACUUGGCUGCCUUCCUGACUGUCGAAAGAAUGGACUCGCCCAUUGAUUCUGCUGAUGAUUUAGCAAAGCAAACUAAAAUUGAAUAUGGGGCUGUAAGAGAUGGAUCAACCAUGACCUUCUUUAAGAAAUCUAAAAUUUCCACAUACGAAAAAAUGUGGGCAUUCAUGAGCAGCAGGAAGCAGACAGCCCUGAUAAAAAACAAUGAUGAGGGCAUUCAAAGAGUCCUAACCACUGAUUAUGCACUAUUGAUGGAGUCUACCAGCAUUGAAUAUGUCACACAGAGAAACUGCAACCUCACACAGAUUGGGGGCUUGAUUGACUCCAAGGGCUAUGGUGUGGGGACUCCCAUUGGUUCCCCUUACAGAGACAAGGUCACAAUUGCCAUCCUUCAACUGCAAGAGGAGGGCAAACUGCACAUGAUGAAGGAGAAGUGGUGGCGAGGCAAUGGCUGCCCAGAGGAGGAUAGCAAGGAAGCCAGUGCUUUAGGGGUGGAGAAUAUCGGAGGCAUUUUUAUUGUGCUGGCAGCUGGACUUGUGCUUUCUGUCUUUGUAGCCAUUGGAGAAUUUAUAUAUAAAUCCAGGCAAAACACGGAUAUUGAACAGGCCUUUUGUUUCUUUUAUGGAAUGCAAUGCAAGCAAACGCAUCCCUCCAAUUCCACUUCUGGAACCACGUUAUCCACGGAGUUAGAGUGCAGGAAGCUUCUCCGGGAAGAAUUGGGGAUGCGACCUCAGCACUCUAUUCGCACUGUCUAGUCGUUGUGGUGUGAGGUGUGUCUGCCAGCUGCAGAUGGGUAACUCCUUAUGUCAAGGAAAAAGAUGGGAAUGAGCACACCUGCACUGUAGAUGCUCAGAUUGUGGAAUUCCUAAAUUACGUUGAAAAGAAGAAUGUAAAUUUAAGAGAUAACAAAAAAAAAAUCAUUAUCACUAAUAUUUACUAUUGGCACUGAUUGGUUACCAAAGCCUGUCUCUGGCCAGACUGAGAUACUGUACCUAUUAUUUUGAUUUCUCCUAGAAUCCUAUUAGAUCAUAUGGCCACUAUUUGGGUCAUGGCACCUACACUGUAGAUGCUGAGCUCAUACAAUCCAUCACAUUGGGGUCUAUUCUCACCCAGUUUGCUCCAGUCUGGUUGUUUUUUUUAAUUGUUUUGUCCCUCUCCUGGUAGAAGCUGUAUUUUUAAAAGCUGUUCUAAUGUAAGCUAUGGUGAAGAUGGUUGUGAUUGGUUGAUAUGGCUGUCCCUGCAAAGCUUUUGUGUUCCCUAAGGUUUAACUUCAUAGAAAACAACUGGAUUCCUUUUGUCAAGCACUGGUACAACGGUGGGUGUAGUAACAUAUAGCCUCAGGAACCAGGCUGGUCUGAUAAAUGUCCUUGUCCUUGAAACAGCUACAGGUAUGGAAAAUUGCCCCCAAAAUCUAAAAAGAAUAGAUGUAAAUAGAAAUUAGGUUAUAAAGAGCAUUUUACAUUGUCCUUUCCAGAAACUGAAAAAGACUGGAGCUUAAAUAUUUGAGAAUAGUGCUCAGUGCUUUUAAUGCUGCGUUCUUAAGUAAUAUUUUCUAAUAUAGAAAAGAAAGGAUCUUGUAAAAACUGGAAUCUUUCUUUGUUUCACAGAAGCAUUUCAAUAGUUUAAACUAUGCAUUUUUUUACACAAUCAUUAAUCUAGUUUUUUACAGAUUUAAUUUUUUUUUAUAAAAUGGAUUUUUAAAAUAGAAUUUAUACAUUCAGCUGAACUUAAGGGACUUCGCAAAGCACCGUAAAUUGUAGAAUUUUUGGUCUGACAUCUUGAAGGGUACAAAACCGAAUGUUUUUAAUGGUAAAAUGUUUUCCGAUAUUUUAUCAAUAAGAUUACAGGGCAGACUUGGAGUCUUCUCGGUUUCCAAAUCUACUGUUGUGUUAAUAAUCAGUCCCAGACUUGGACAAGUCAAGAUAUAAUUUUUCUACCAAUCAUUUGAAAUCUUUCUUUUGAUUAUUUUUUUAUUAAAUGAAAAACUGCAUCUCUCACUGUUAGGUGUGGCAAUAUAACAUUUCAUCUGUCAAUCAGACAAAGUGUUUAUAAGACAGGCCUCUUUUCCAUCAUCUGCAAGUCAUUGGGCACCUUUUGAUAAGUAUUAGGCACAAGGUUAGUGAGAAAAACUUACAGUCCUCGUUUCCAGUGAACUGAAGGGUGGAGAGAUGUGACAGACCUAGUGCACUUUUCAAAGGAAGCAGAUGUUUGCUGUCCUCCUCACUGAAGUGAAAUGGAGUAAAAAAAAAAAACACCAGGCAGAUGAUAAAUCUUUCUUCAGUGACAGUUUUGUUUUUGGCUUAACCUACUAAAAAUAAUAACUUCCUGCCUACCGAGAUUCAAGUAAAUCUCAUUAACUCAUUACUUUUUGGUGCUAUCACUUGCAUGGGGUGUAAUUUGCUUAUGGUGCGUGGCUUAAGGAUUGAAAGAUGUCUCUAUCCAGGAAACACCAAGGUUGUUUGGCUGUUGAGAAUUGUAUCACUGUGGAAAUUUGUCCCUUACUGGUAGAUUUCAGCCAUAAAUUGUAACAAUUAGAAUGAACAAAAAGGUACAUAUGCAUGCUAGAGUUACUUUGCUCAAGGUGCUUAAACUAAUAUAAAACCUCUAUAUGUUAUUUAACCUUAUAUUCAGUUUUUAACAUUUUCAUACUCCAAACAUGAUAACAGAAAUGGACUGUUUCUGUCCAGCAAUUUCUUCAGUCCUAUUUCCUACUUUAGCUAUCAAAUUAUAACAGGACCUUGCUGUGAUCAGAGUAAUUUGUAUCACUCUGUAUCUCUGGCUCCCAUUCAUCUAUUGAUGACCCUUGUUUUAGCUCUAAGACUUACUGUUCUGUCAUUUUGUUCCAUCUGUAUGUUUUCAUAGUUGAGGAUGGCCUACAGCCCCUUAGCUAAUAAAUUUGAGAAAUAGAGAGCUAUCAAACUGACUGCUUCAGCUUCACAGGUAUGGGAAUUGGUAGCUCUUUAAUGGACUUAGAUGGUGAUAUGGUGGCAAGUAAUAAACACAUUAACUGUCCAUUAAUUUUCUAACCACUUUAUCUAAUAGGGUUAUGGGGGAGCCAGACUAUCCCGGCAAGCAAUGGGCAUAAGGC